UCCUCUUUUAAACCUUCUUCAAAAACCCCUCCAAAACGCUCUAAGCAUUUAAAAUCCUCAAAAAAUAUUCAGCCGAAAAAUAUAAAAUAUUGAAAAUGCCUGCAAAAUCACGAGACCAGCUCAUCUCUUCUCUGUAAUAAUCAAAAUCCAAAAUUUUCAAACCCUACACCUCAACUUUCAUCAGAUCCACAGUCAGAUCCGCUAAUUUUCCUAUCUUUUCCUUCCGAUUUGAAUCCGCAUUGUGCAAUAAUCGAAUUUGGAAUUACGAAAAAUUUCAAAUUCGUGAAAUUUCCUAUCUGAUCGUUGAAUUUUGAGGAGUUUGAUUGUUUUUGCAAUGCUUUGAUUUGUUUUGAGAAUCGACAUUGUUUGUGUUUAUUGGUAUAUUGUUUCCAAUUUUGAGGAAUGGCUUCGUCGACUGGUGUUAGCGAGGAGCUCGGGGAAAUCGAGGGACAGAUUUCGGAUAUUUUCCGAGCUCUUUCAAAUGGAUUUCAGAAAUUGGAGAAGAUUAAGGAUUCGAAUAGGCAGAGCAGGCAGCUGGAGGAGCUAACAGGAAAGAUGAAGGAAUGUAAGAGGCUUAUCAAGGAGUUUGACAGAGAAGUAAAGGAUUUGGAAUAUAAAAAUGAUGCUGACACAACCAAGAUGCUGAAUGAGAAAAAGCAAUCAAUGAUCAAAGAGUUGAACUCUUAUGUUGCUCUGAAAAAGCAAUACGCAAGCAAUAUUGAGAACAAGCGAGUAGAUCUUUUUGAGGGUCCUGGUGAAGGGUUUGCUGAAGAGAAUGGCUUGCUAGCUUCAAAUAUGAGCAAUCAACAACUGAUGGAUCAAGGAAAUAGGAUGAUGGAUGAGACAGAUCAG